AUGAUUUUCCGUGACAUUCCAACUGCAAAACCAUCUUGUGUUAUGCUCAUUUUCUGGAUUCUCUUCCCUGCGAUUGCCAACGCGGCAACUUGUCCAGCAUGUCCAACUGUAGGGAUGUGGUCGGAAUGGGUGGCUAAUGGAAAUUGUGCCGCUACUUGUGGAGCAUGUGCAAAUUUGACAUACACAAGAACUUGCUUGUCAUCUCCAAAUUGUCCAUGCAGCGGCGCCAACUCAGCAAUCAAACCAUGCGGCACCCAAGCCUGUAACUACCCUCGUUCUAAUGGUCCCACCAAACCAUGUUGUGAUGGAAGUACUCCAAUCGUGUACAACAACUUGUAUCAUUGUGGAACCGUGGCUCAACUGGCGCCCAUUUCUUAUUGUUGCCCGGAUAAUGGGACAUGGAGUGCAUGGAGUGCAUGGAAGGAAACUGCGCCGGGCAAAAUUGAGUAUACCCGUAACAGAAUCUGUGUGUCAAGCGGCUACGGAUGUCAAUGUGUCGGAGAAACUGUGGAAAAUAAAUUUGAAUGCCCAUGCCCACCACUCAAACAAUCAGACUGUGUGUAUACUCCUACCAAUAAGGCCGUGUACACAGCACGUGCUCCUCAGUAUCAUGCAAUGCAGUGCAAAGCAGUCUUCCUCGUGGAAACUUCGAGUUUUAGAGAAACAUUUUAUGACCCACAUACGGGAGCAAACAAUCAGAUUGAUAUGGUGACCACUGUGAUGUACAAGAAAAAUGAUAAAUGCUAUGAGACGAAAUUCAAAACGUAUGAAGGAGCUGCAAAUUCAACGGACGGGCAAAUGCAACCAGUGGAGUUUAAAUGUGAUAUUGAGACGAUGACGUGGACUGGGACGAAUGAAUACACGAAGGAAGUGUUGACGGGAGUUACUGCAAUCGGACAGUAUUAUACUCCUAAACCAAAACCAACGUCCCCUUAA